AUGGUAAAUUGCGUUAUCCCCCGACUAAGGAGGGCCUGCUGUUUUCCGAGCGAGAACUGCUUCUCCGGUUUGAAAUGCAACAGCUCAAAGAAAGCCCCCAGGAGGGACAAGCAUUUGGCGCAAUACGAUCCGCUGAGUAUGCACCCUGGGUUGUACAAGAACUGGGAAAAUUACCUGAGGGAAGUGAUCCCCAUUUUGGGCUCCUCCGUUGAAGUUAACAGAAGAGGGAAAUUGAAGGUGUCGCAAAAGGGGAGAAGUAAAGCUGCCAAUUGCGCUAGAGAGGAGAAUGACGGGGGGAAGAGGCGGAGAAGUGGGGGGAUGUGUAUUGGAAGGUGCUCUCGAGGGGGAGCUAAAAAUGGAACCGCAAAAGGGGCGCAGAGGAAUGUGCGCAAAGGUGGGGGGAAGGUAGCUGGAAAUGUUGUAGACCAAGCCGCUGCAGGAAGGGACACCCAAGAGGUGAGCCAAAACAAAGGGACACAGAGAAUCUUCGCCCCCUCAACUGCCAAAGGAUUAGACCAAGUGAAAAACGGACAUUGCAGUUCAGUUGAGAGAAUUCCCCCCAAACUGUACGUACAUAGGGAAGAGGGUGAAAAUGAAAGAGGCAGAAACUUAUCAGUGGAGACCAAUCUAAACAGCAGCAGGUACAGACUUAAAAGUAGUGGAGAUAGAGACAUCAAACGGGAGGGGAGAAAAAAAAGCAGCUUUGCUAAUGACUCACUUGGUUACCCGCAGCGCAGCGAAAGAGAAUACGAAGAGGAAAAAAGGAGGCAGGAAGAGUAUAUAAAAAGAAUUAACCUCAACGGUGCAGAGAAAAACAUGCUGGCUAGAGAAAUACACUCGCAAAAUGGGAAAGGAAAUACUGCUUCCAUGUCUGCAAAAAGUAGACACACAGGAGAGGGAGAAAAGUACGAUUUUUUAAUUAACUCAAAUGUUGUGAAAGAAGCCAAGGUAGGAGCCAGUAGAAGACUCCAGGAAGUGUCAAAUAAUAUUUUGCUCAGGGGGAACAUCUAUAGAAUUGGAAACAGAAGCGACACGAGAAAAGGGAGGCAAAAUAAAAAGAACCAACAUGAGGAGCUGCAGAUGGGUAGAAGGAUAGCCCCCAACUGCAGAGUGAAGACGAAGAGAAAAACAGCAAAGGGGGAACCGAGCCGUCUAGAAGCAUUUCCCGGGGUGACUCAAAGAGGAGGAAGCCAACAGAGAGACGUGCACUACCAGACCUCUUCAGGGGAAAGUUCCCUGUAUGAAAUUUCCAUAUCGGGAGAAGUGGACAUAAACUUUGACUCAGACUCGUGUGUGGGGGGUGGCAAGUCGACCAGAAGUGGGCAUAGUGCGAGUGGGUCCAGGAAGGAGGCAAAGAGGGAAGGUAAGGGGGAUGCUAAGAGGGGAGAAAAGAGGGAAGCCAAAGGAGAAGCUAAGAGGGAAACUAAGAGAGAAGCUACGAGAGAAACUACGAGGGAGGUUGAUCCCAAAUCUGUUCCUUUGAGGAAGUGGACAAACCGGGAAGGAGGCACGACGGUGGAGAACCGCGAAAGGAUAGCCACUCGUGAGGAACGCGCGAACCAGGCCAAAUGUGCCCUUUUAUCGGGGCUGAAUGCCAUCCAAAUGAAGGGAAAUAAAAACGCACAUGCGUGUGAAAAAGGAAAGAUUCUUCUCAAUUUGAAAAAUAUGCCACCAAGGAAGAGGGAAAGCAGUGGACGGUUUCCACUUGGGGUAGAACCCAUUGGGGGGUUCGCACACAGAGUGAUGAACAGGAGGAGCGAACGAACUACUGGUGCUGCGUGCUGUGAGAAGAAAUGUGAGCCAGUUCAGGAGAUGAGCGGUGCGGGUGGCGGUGGCAGCGGCGCUUCGAGGAGUCUCGUCGGACGAAGUGGGCACAGCGGAGCGGCGUCCCCUCUGGGGGGAGAAAUACCCACCGGAGUGGAAAAAAAGAGCGGCGGGAUGGAAAAAAGGCGCAGCGGAGUGGACGAAAAGCGCAGCGGAGUGGAAAAAAAAGGCGGCGGGAUGGAAAAAAGACGCAACGAAGUGGAAGCCAAAUGGAAAGACCGCUUCAGAAAAAACAAACCCACUGCAAAGACGGACGAGAAAAGGAAAAAAAAAAAAAAAAGUUCCUUCUUAACGGCAGAGGACAACACCACACAUAGGACCCACUUACACGAAGCGAGCAGCAGAAUUAGCGAAAGGGAAACCACCAUCUCGAACAAGCGAAGAAGUAGCGACAUGAGGAGAAAAGCAUUCGUGGAGGAGUUAGGCGACGGUUCCUCAUAUUAUGAUUUGAAAAAGCGCAGUUUAAUUUUGGAGGACCUUCUAAAAUUGAUUAAAGAGGGGGAGGUAGAAAUCGAAUCUGACGCAAGCUGCAACGAGCUUAAUCAGUUUCAUUUGAAAAAAAAAGGGGAUUGGAUAACUCGAGGGGGGGGCGAAGAAAGGGUGACCCAAAGUUAUAACGUGCACAUAGUAGGGGGGGAGUAUCAAAAGGAAAGAGGAAGCCAACUGUACAGUCGGCUGCUACACCUCGCACCCGAGUCAGAGGACAGCACCAGUGCGAGGAGCAGCACAAGUGCGAAGCGCAGCGAAAGUAGGAAGCGCAGCUCAAGUGGGAAGCACAUCUCAAGUAGGAAGCACAGCAAAAGUAGGAAGCGCAGCUUACAAGUGACCACGCAAGGCAAUGAAGUGGCAAAUUACAAUUUUAGCUACCCGAGCACUCACCAACCUGGCUCGAACAUCUCGACUGGGAAGAAGCUCACCAAAGGGGGAAAAAGUGGAGCUGUUCAAAAGAAAGACGUGCCCGAGGAGGGCGCAAUAGAGGGGAAGAAAAAGCGGAGCGCAUCUACAUGCUACUCAGAGGAGGCAGAAAUGAAGGCCAAGGCACAGAUGGACGCAGAAGUGGCAACCCUAACCGAGUUGAUAAAUUUAAAAAGCGAACAAAACGAGAAGCUAAAAAUGUGUUUGAUGAUGCAGGAGGGUGAAAUUAAUUUGCUGCGCAAAAAGGCGCAACAGAAACAGGCAAGCAGAAAACAAGGGAAGGAAAAAAAUUGGGAAAACACCACUUUUUACAAAAAUUUAAUAAAGGCUAAACCGUCUACAUUUAUGGAGAUCAUUCUGAGGAACAACCAAGACGUUAGGAACGGCACGCAGACGAAGGACACAUACGAGUCCACCGUGCAGGCGGAAAAAUGUAACUUUGCCAAAUCGUUUCAUCCUUGCUUGUGUACCAGUUGUGCUGCUCCAGGUGGAAGGGAAGAUGGUUCUUUUCGCCUGAAUGGUCUCAGCCAGUGUGGGGCACCCGCUGUCGAGAUGAAUCUCCCCACAGGUGCUGCCCAAACGAACGCCCCCACAGCCGCUAUCCCAACGAAUGCCCCCACAGCCGCUAUCCCAACGAAUGCCCCCACAGCCGCUAUCCUAACAAACGAAUUUCCCCCCAUGGAAUCGAAUUUUAAAUAUGGGGAGAAUCAAUAUGCACAAACUUGCGCAUUUAGUGGAGUACCCAUUGGGGGGAUCUGCUCCUACACCUGUUGCAUGCCUGGUGGGAAUUUCACAAAUCUGGUCGUCGAGGAUGCAACAAGUGACAAGUCGUUUUCGCAUCGGCGGAACGUUUCUUGUUCUCCAGCAGGGGGGGCAACGCCAAAUGGUGUCUCGGGAAGGGACAAGACGAGGGGGUCCAGCCUGCACUCAAGCGGUUACCACGAUGACAGGUUAAGCGGCAUGGUAGGGAGUAGGAACCAGAAGGGCACACUGCCCAAGCCUAAGGCACACGAAGAGAAAAGGCUAAUCAAAAUAAACGGAAAGGGAAAGUUCCAAACGAGAGAGAACAACCAUAACGCACUUGCGGUGGGGGGUGAACAGGCCUCGAGAUAUGAGAGUAGGGGAAAUUUCGGAACCUCGAACUGUGCCCAGUUGAACGCAAAAAAGGGUGAGGCACAACAUGGGGGGUAUUCAAAACAGAGGCAAAAUACAAGUAGGAGGGGUAGCUACAAAGUGGAGGCUAACUACCCAGUUACAUCCAGCACCAUAAGUGUUAGGUGUCUCCCUAAAGGUAAAAAAGCUGCAACCGAGUCGGGGAGAAAAAGCUGCUUCCUUUCUUCAAGAAAUGCCAACGUAGCCAAAAAAGGGGAUUAUCACCCCAAGAAGGAAGGCCUUUUCACGAAGCUUUUUUCCUACAUAAGGAAUAACAGCCUCUGUAACGAAAAAAAAAAUGACAACUGUAUGAGGAGAAAUAAAUCGACCAGCUCAAUCGUUUUUGUGAAAAAUAAGGAGUUGUCUCAUCGGACGUAUGACAGGUCUCUCUCCUCCGCAUGUUUGCUUAAUAGAAGUGUACCCACUGCGAACAAAAUGAAUUGUACUAACACCCCGUACGUUCGUGCCAUCACUGUGUGUGGAAAUAUGUGCGGACGAGGGGGUAACCCGAUGGCGGACGAGCAAAGAGAAAUAACCCAUUCAGGGGAACAAAAUAAAGUUGGACUAAAUAACACACAUGGAGGUAGGUACCACUCGAAUGAUGGCGUUGUGACGAACCGAGUUUGCAAAGAGGAGGCGAACAAAACAGUUGUGGAAAAGGGCGUGAUGAGAAGCGGUUGUAAAUAUGUGCUAAAAGGAUAUGGUGAAACUGCACCGGGGUCCCAUUCCCAUCGUGAAAUUUUUAAAACUGAGGAAAAAGGACAACUUGAUAAGGAAUUGCAUAUUAAGGGAAGGGACACAUUGUUAGCAAAGAAUGUGGGGCUUCAAAAUGGGGGAAAUACCAACCAGCUGAUGACUUGCGAGGCGUUAGGCGAGGUGAAACGCCCCAUAAUGCACAACCAAAUGGCAAUUAGUGGUGACAUCAUCGAGAAGGCAAGACUGAAAUAUUAUGCGUCGAAGAAGUGCGCAAAGAGUAGAGACGGGACGGGCGCGGGGGAGGAGGAAAAUAAAAUAAACCCACCCGCGUGCCUCAACAAGGUGGGUAGUAACAGCGGAAAGAAGGCAAAGGGACACGGGGGCGCCACACAACUGGGGAGAGAGAUCCAAACGAAGCUGAACAAGCGUGCACCUCCCACAAAAAGGGGCAAUACCAAAAGGGGAGAAACAAAACAUUUCGCAAACAACCCUCCCAAGGGGGACCCAAACAGCUGCGCUAGCGGUAACAAAAAGGGUAACAAAGCUGAAGUUCCUUUUAAGAAAGAGGACCGUUCGGUUGGAUUGGCAGGCUUGGCUCGUUCAGGCGACUCACCAAACCGCAGCAACAAACUAUGGGAAAAUAACAAAUCAGAAAAGGCGGGUAAGACUUACAAAAUUUUCGUCGUGAAAAAGGGGAACGAUGAUAAGUGCGCCGCAAAAAGGGAGCAAGACAUCCAUUUAAGGGGGCGCAAUGGUGAGGCAAACAAAAACAAAGUUAACUGUCGGGGGAAUGACCGCUCCGUUAGUGACGACAGAAGGAACGACUACACAAAUGUGGCGACCACCUCUGACAGUGUCCAAACAAACACCAUGGACGGUUACUCCACUUGCUCCAGUGAGGAUAUAUACUUGUGGGAAAAGAAAAAAAACAGCAAGGCGCGGAAGAAGGCCCUUAAUGCUGAGGGUGUAAGGAGGGGUAAACUGAAUGAACAAAUCGGCGGGGGGGUUGAUGCGCAGGUGGUGAAUUCAAACGGAAAGUUGGACAGUUCGGUCGCGCAUGUAAUUGAGAAAAUAAUUCUGAAUUAUAAAAAUUGGAAUCUGGGGGGGGCCAGCGGCGGCGGCGACGAUGGCAGUGAUGGUGACAAUGGCGGUGACAGCGUCAAUGGUAGCGAUAGUGACAACGGUGGUGACAGUGACAGCGGAGGGGACAGCGACAGUGGAAGCAACUACCACGACGGCAAACGAAGUGGAGAAGCUGGCAGCGGCUGCUUCAAGCAGGGCGACCUGCCUGACUCACACACUUGCAAAAAAAAAAAAAAAAAAAAUAGCCAUUUUGAGCUAAAUGGGGAAAGAGUAAAGGCGCAAACGAUAAGCUUAAAAAAGACAGGCGGUGCGUACACCACCCUGGGAAGACAGCGUACAAAUGAAGAUUUACAUGUGCAUACAAACGCACAGGAAAAGAAAAAAAAAAGCCAAGAUGUUAAGAAUGUGUUGUGUGCAAGUAGCCAAUCGAGUUAUCCUGAGCCAAAAAUAUUUUUCCUCAAAAAUGAUGAGUCCUGUAUAAUUGUGGAGUAUCCCAACGUCAAAUAUUUGGUCAAAUGCUCUUAA